UUGUCAAAUUAUACUGACUUUAUCAAACCGCCAACUGAAAUUUUAUGCAAAACAAUAUUUUUUAAAAACACGAAAUAUUAAUAUUAACAAAAUGGUUGAAGCACAGAAGUACAGAAUUGAGCAGGAGAUGACAAAUCUCGUCAAUGAGUUAGACAGAAGUUAUUUAAGAAAAAUGCAAGGUGACAUGCACAGAUGUGCGUCGAGGUGUUGUGAUGAUCAGCAGUCAUCCUUAGAGAGAGUGCAUGGCUGCAUAGAGAACUGUACCACACCUCUUAACCAAGCUAACAACUAUGUACAGAAAGAAAUCAACCACCUUCAAAAUAGACUCCAGCGCUGCGUCAUGGACUGUAACGAUUCAGUAAGAGAUAGACUGGGCCCCGAUCCCAGCCAGGAAACUAUCGACAAAUGCACGAUAGAAUUCGAGAAAUGUGCGGUGAAAUGCGUGGACAAGCACAUAGGCUUGAUUCCUGGGAUGAUGAAGUCGAUGAAGAAGGUACUAGCAAGUGGCAAACCACCUCCAGUGAGCAAUGAAUGAAUGACAAUUUGAAUGAACAUUAUUUCAUAGAAUAUUACCAUAAGAAAAUAUAUCAACAAUGUACUAUUGUUUCAUAAAUUAUGUAACAAAAAACAAAA